AUGGCUUCGACACUCGAACGGCAAGAAUCAUCUCAGUCGUCGCCCAGCUCGUCUGAUAACGAGAACCGCGCCCCGCUGGAAGAGACAACCCCCGACACGUCUUCACUCUCUCGGGCAAUUAAAGCCAGGCGGGCGGAGUAUACCACACAGCGGUCGAUCCGAGUCAAGGUCGGGUCAUGGAAUGUGGCGGCCCUUCCCGGUACAGAGGAAGAUAUCGGGAAGUGGUUUGUUCAGAAGGAAGGAAUAUGUGAACAUCUGUCGGGCUUACGAGUUUCUGGUCUGGAAGAAGCUCCUAGCAGUGAUAAUGGUAGCAAGAAAACUUUCGCACCACCCGACUCUGAACCUGAGCAAGUUGGCCUUUACGUCUUGGGGUUGCAGGAGAUCGUCGAUGUCUCCUCCCCGGCAGAGACGCUGAGGCCCUAUGUUGAUCCGGCGCCAGCGAACAGAUGGAAGGAGGCCGUACAAGCGGCCCUGCCCUCUGGAUACGUCUUGGUUGCGGAAACUCAGUUGGUAGGCUUAUUGCUGUUGAUCUAUGCCGCCCCACCGUUGGCGGACAGCAUAUCCUGCGUCAGCUGUGCUAAUGUUGGCACUGGGCUGUUGGGCUAUAUGGGCAACAAAGGUGCUGUUGCAGCACGUCUAUUGAUCGGGGAGACUACCUGCUUGAUGUUCAUCAAUUCUCAUCUGGCAGCUGGCGCAGAUAAAGGUAGCCUGGAUCGACGGAACUGGGAUGCAUCCCAAAUUAUCGCUCGCGCCAAGUUUGAUCCAAUUGACACCGAUGCAACGCUCAGAGAUGAGCCGACAGAGAAUAUCGGCAAGGAAGACUUUUGCUUCUGGUUCGGUGAUCUUAACUAUCGACUUGAGGAUAUUCCGGGCGACGACGUACGGCAAGUGCUCUCUCGACACACGGAGAAUGAAUACGACAAAAGGCACAGGUCACAUUCUGUCAGCGACGAUCCGGGGUCGCGACCAGCAGAAGCUGAUCACGAGCACCUUCCCACAGUUUCUGAUGAACAACUGGACCCUCAUUCGGACCCGGCCUCCUUACAAACUACCAUCUCAUCAUUACUCCCGCACGAUCAACUCCGCCUGCAGCAAGAGAAGCAGAAAGCGUUUCACGAAGGAUGGCGAGAGGGGGAUAUUUCUUUCCUUCCAACUUACAAGUACGAUGUGGGUAGCGUUGCUAAGUUCGAUUCCAGCGAAAAGCAACGAGGACCAAGUUGGUGCGACCGGAUCCUCUACCGGACACGCCGCGACAAGUUGAUCCAUGAGAAGAUAGCCAAAGAGGCCGCAGAGGCCAGAAAACGGGACGAGGAAAUGAAAGCCCGAGGUUUGGAUAAGGCCGCCGCUGACGACAACGUAUUGUUUGACUAUGACCCUGACGUGGAUGGGGCAGACAGUGGUGACGAAUACGAUCCAGCUAUGGACUUUGGAAGUGACAAUGUCACCCUCAACUCUCUGUCUGAUGCUGAAGAUCCCAUCAAGCUGGACUAUUAUGUAUCACACCAGGGGAUUCUCAGUUCGGACCAUAAACCUCUCGCUGCUGGGUUUACUCUGAAGUACGAAUCGGUCGUGCCAGAUCUAAAAGCAAAGGUACAUCAAGAAGUGGUACGAGAACUGGAUAAAGUGGAAAAUGAGUCUCGGCCAGGCUUGACGGUGGUAGUAGAUCAUCAUGGCUACGAAUCCACCAACAAAUCAUCGGAAGGUGACCCAAAUGCAAUAAAUUUCGGAGACAUACUGUUCGACGUGCCUGUGACCAGAAGCCUAACAGUUGCGAACACCAGCGGUGUUCCCGCUACUUUCACGUUCGAGAGACCAGACCAUGAUGCCAGUCAUGGUCAAAAUCUUUCAGCGUGGUGCGAAUUUUAUGUGGCACAACCGCACCGUGAGGAUGCGGAGACCGUCAAGCCUAGCCCACAACCACAUGAAUGCACCUUAUUACCUGGAGAGCUAACCAACAUUGAGGUGACGGCACAUGUCAAAGACAUUGAGCUGGCUCGGACAUUGAAUGAUGGAAAAUUUACGCUGGAGGAAAUUCUAGUCCUUCGGGUUAACAAUGGGCGGGACCACUUUAUACCGGCCUACGGCAAAUGGCUUCCUACGUGCUUUGGAAGGAGCUUGGAGGAGCUGACAUUGAUGCCCGAAUCUGGCGCACGCACUCUACCAGCUGCCGAGUUGUCGACGCGUCAAAAAGAAGGCAUGGGGGUUCCCCUUUCGGCACCUCGUGAGCUUUUCCGCUUGACAGAGGCCAUCUCUGAGCUGACAGAACGCGCUGUCGCUGAGUGGAGCAUGAUCAGAGGUGAUUCUGCGGGGACCAACCCUCCGUGGGAAACCUCAAAACAUGGCCCAGGGUGGCCUUUUGAGCCAUUAACAUGGACGUUGAAAGACGAAGAUGAGCGGAGGCAUUUGUUAGCAUCUGUCCGAGAAGCAUUGGACACCAACCAGCAGUUCAACGCCGUGUUUGCGCCUGAGGUAUCCUCACUGCAUCGGCUCGAGAUCCUGAGCGAAGCUCUGCUGGUAUUCCUGACCUCCCUCAAAGACGGAAUCGUCUCCGCCACGGUAUGGCAUGAUUUGGAUCAAGACAUUUUGUCCCGCGAGAAGGCCAAAAUGCCGCCACAGUCGUGGGAAGAAUCUCAAGCGUGGGUAUUAGAAAGCCUUGCAUAUUCUCCUGUCCACAGUGUGUCGUUCACAUUUGUCACGUUCAUGCUCGCUCGCAUUGCCAACGAAGUGGCGCCCGUCUCAUCGAUGCCUUCAGGUGCCCCUGGCAAAACCAUCUUCGAGGCCCAACCGGAUGGCUGCGCUCAAUCUGCCAAGACAACUGAGUCUACCCCAUCGACACCGGUAUCUCCUGCGGCAGCUUUUAUAUCGGGCGGAAGCUUCCGACGAAAGACGCGAACAUCUACAAUCUCGAGUGUAUCAGACACUGCGGCCACUACGCUCAUUGCACGACGACAGGCUGUCGAGACCGCCCUUGCAGGAAUCUUCUCCAAAGUACUCAUCUCCUCGGAUGUUCCAAUUCCGAGUAAAGACAAGGAGCGACGUGCUCUGGAGGACCGGAAACGGAGUAUAAUCGAACCAUUUUUGAAGACCAUUGGAGUUGAUUCCAAUGGCCCGUCAGGUGGCGCUUAA